UGACUGUUCCAGUCCGUAUCCACCCGGAGGUGUGCUCUCCCUUUCUCUCUCCGCUGGGCUGCACACGCCGGACUGGCUUUUUAACAAGUUUUAAACUGGAACAAGCUUCGGGAGGCACUGGGGAAAGGCAGGACAUUGCUGCGAGUUAGUGAGUUUUGCUAUGAAUGGGAUGAAACGAGGCGGAGGAGACGGCAUUCCUGAUUUCUUUCCUCCUCCGAACAGCGAGAGUAACUGACAGAAACCGCCGUUUGUCCGCCUUGUUGUCCCAGUUGAGCCUCUUCUCUCUUUUUUUUUUGUUGUUUAGGGUGAAACUAAACUCGCUGUGAAUGCGAGCCGUGGCGCUCUUUUUUUUUUGCCCCCAGCCCGGAGACUUUCAGGGGAACAUGCUCAGGCACUUUGCGCCUGUCGUGUUUGGACUGCGGCGGGCUAAGCCGUGAUGAAGAGGGAAUUAAACAGCGGCGAAACGCCAGACGGAGACAGCGAAAGCUAAAAAGCUCAUCACCCCACCAGCAGCGGACGGUGGUGAGCGACCGCAGCCCGGAGCGGACAAUUCAAGCUCUGGGUCCCCUCUGAUUCCUCCCACACUUUUCUCUCCUCUCCCCCACUCCUCAAUCCCCUCGUCGUCAUCUCUCUUGCCUCUACAUGUGAUUCCCUCUGUCUCAUUUGUCUUUUGCCUUCCUGAUCUACCUCUUCACAUCUUCUCCCUCUCUCUCUCGCUCGUCCCUCACUCCCUCCCUCCCUCUCCUCUGGCAGGCUGCUCAUUGCGGUGAGUCAGUAUCAUGGAGGCAGGCAGCGGGGCUGCCGCAGCGGUGGGGAGUGCAGCACUGGGACUGCUGGGAGCCACAGCUACGUCCAGCCAUGACAUCCUGGACAGGAGCCUGAGGCCGGGACGUCACAUAGAACACGAUAACAUCGUGCCUGAACUCUCUCACAUCCAUCCCAGAGAGAGACCCGACUGGGAGGAGACCAUCAGUGCCAUGGCACGAAGUGCAGAGAUUCCUGAGCUAAGGGCGGAGCCCCUCAUUCGCUCCAGCAGCAGCAGUACGGCCAGCAUGAAGGUCAAAAAUGUCAAGAAACUUUCCUUCACCAAGGGACAUUUCCCAAAACUGGCCGAAUGUGCCCACUUCCACUAUGAAAAUGUUGAUUUUGGAACAAUCCAGCUGACCCUGGGAGAUGAGCAGUGUGAAGUGACACGGAACAGUUAUGAGUCCAAAGAGCUGGUGUACUUGGUUCAUAUCUACUGCCAGGGCCGGAGCUGGAUUGUGAAGCGCAGCUAUGAGGAUUUCCGUGUUCUGGACAAACACCUGCAUCUCUGCAUCUACGACCGGCGCUUCUCCCAAUUGCCUGAGCUGCCCCGAUUGGACAGUCUGACUGACCAGUCAGAGUCGGUUUCCCAGAUGUUGUUGGCGUACCUCUCCCGACUCUCGGCCAUUGCUGACAACAAGAUUAACUGUGGCCCCGCCCUCACAUGGAUGGAGGUGGAUAAUAAGGGGAAUCAUCUGCUGGUUCAUGAAGAAUCCUCCAUCAACGUGCCGGCCAUCGCUGCAGCUCACGUCAUUAAGCGCUACAUCGCUCAGGCCUCAGAUGAGCUGUCGUUUGAGGUUGGGGACAUCGUCUCUGUGAUUGACAUGCCCCCAAAAGAGGACACCACCUGGUGGAGGGGCAAGCAUGGCUUUCAGGUUGGCUUCUUUCCCAGCGAGUGUGUGGAGCUCAUAAACGAUAAAGUGCCACAGUCCAUGACCAACUCUGUUCCAAAACCAGCCUCCCCCUCCUCUGGCCUGCAGCCUGCUUCAUGGAGUCUCUUCCCCCCCUACUUGGAGAUGGAGAGUGUAAUGCCGGACAGUGCAUGGGUGGCCGACCCGCUAAACCACUACAACCUAAGUUCAGUAUCUAAGAAGCACGGGAAACUGAUCACCUUCUUGCGCUCCUUCAUGAAGUCCAGGCCCACCAAGCAAAAGCUGAAGCAGCGAGGGAUCCUCCGGGAAAGGGUGUUUGGUUGUGACCUGGGAGAACACCUCCUCAACUCAGGACAUGACGUGCCCCAAGUCCUCAAGAGCUGCACAGAGUUCAUCGAGAAGCACGGCGUGGUGGACGGCAUUUACCGCCUCUCUGGGAUCGCUUCAAAUAUCCAGAAAUUGCGGCAUGAGUUUGACUCGGAGCAGAUACCUGACCUGACCAAAGAUGUUUACAUCCAGGACAUCCACUGCGUCGGCUCGCUGUGCAAGCUGUACUUCAGAGAGCUGCCCAACCCGCUGCUCACCUACCAGCUCUACGAGAAAUUCUCUGAGGCUGUAUCAGCAGCAACGGACGAAGAGCGACUCAUCAAAAUUCAUGAUGUCAUUCAGCAGCUUCCUCCACCUCAUUACAGGACCCUGGAGUUCCUCAUGAGACACCUGUCCCGCCUGGCAGCAUUCAGCUACAUCACCAACAUGCACACAAAGAACCUGGCCAUUGUCUGGGCUCCCAACCUGCUACGGUCAAAGCAGAUUGAAUCUGCCUGCUUCAGCGGCACAGCAGCCUUCAUGGAAGUACGAAUUCAGUCUGUAGUAGUGGAGUUCAUCCUCAACCACGUUGAUGUGCUCUUCAGCACCAAACUCAGCUCCCUGAUCAGAGAGGGCACAGGACACAACUCUCUAUCUCGACCUAAAUCCCUGCUGGUUUCAUCACCUUCCACCAAACUUCUGAGCUUGGAGGAGGCCCAGGCCAGGACUCAGGCUCAGAUCAACUCUCCUGUGACUGAAGACAGCAAGUACAUCGAGGUGGGCGAGGGUCCAGCUGCCCUGCAGGGGAAGUUCCACACGGUCAUCGAGUUUCCCACUGAGAGGAAAAGACCACCUAUCAAAUCCAAAAAGUCUCCUGUGGGAAGCUGGCGCUCUUUCUUCAACCUCGGCAAAUCGUCUUCUCUAUCCAAGCGUAAGCUGCAACGCAACCCCAGUGAACCCAGUGAGUUGAAAGCGAUGGCUCUCCCCGGAGGCCGAGGCGACACGGCCACAUUAAGGUCAGCUAAAAGCGAGGAGUCACUGAGUUCACUGCACAAUGUUGAAGGGGAGUCAAAGGUGUACCGUCCUCGCCGUCCUCGCUCCAGCAGCGACGCUCUAUCGGCCUCCUUCAACGGAGAACUGCUGGACAGCCGACAGCAAUGCAACUCCUACGAUAACCUCGACGCCACGGAGGACAGCGACGGAGACGACGGGCCCAUCUGCGUCCCCGCCCUGAUCUCGCCGCCCCGCUCGGCGGGCGAAGAUGUGGACCUGAGCCCACCAGACAUCGGCAUGGCCUCGUUAGACUUUGACCCCAUGUCUUUUCAGUGCAGCGUGCCAGACACCACCUUUGCCUUCCCCUUGGGUGACUCCUCAACUGGCACCGAAGGCUCCACGUUAAAGAGAAGCCCCAAGAGCAAUGGCUCCGACCUCAUCACCGCCUCCUUCCCAGGCAGCGUGACCUCCCCGCUAUUGUCUGCAGACCGCAGCAUGGCAGAGAAGGCAGAAAGCAAAAAGCUGACCACAUCUUACUCCUACACUGAUAAGCCCAUGCAGGCUGUAUCACCUAUUAAAUGUGGGAAAGCCACCAGUUUGACUCCAUUUGCUAUGUUAGAGCUUUUCUCCCCAGAGAUUCCUGACAGAAACGGAGCUGGACAGCCCAUCUCUAAGCAACCUUUAUCUCCUCCUCCAAUGCCCAAGGAGUCUCCUCCUCUGAUGGGCAGUGUACUGCUUAGGGGGGCCGAGCCAUCACUCACUGAAGCUUUCCAGAAGGAGCUGCACUCUAAGCUGGCGACCUUUGACACGUUGGACAGUAAGGACCUUGUAGGAGAGGAAGCAGUGGAGCAGGAACCACUAACCACCAGCCAGGAGCAUCAAGGAGUCCCCACUCCAGACUCUUCAAAGGACCUCCCCCCUCGUUCCCUCAACUCUACUGCCCCCCCUCCUCCUCCACCCCCUAAAAACCCUGCCCGCAUGUUGGCCCUGGCCCUGGCCGAAUCGGCCCAGCAGGUCUCCGUUCAGUCUCAGCCCCAGUCCUCUGGGCCCCCCACGCUGGUGUCCUCUGUCCAACCGCAGGUCUCACACGUUCCAGAAUCGUCCCGUUCACCAGCUCCACCAACCCACACUGCGUCUGAGGAAGGAGAGGGAGCAAUAAGUUCUCCACCACCAAGCGUUACUUCUGCUGCUGUUAUCACCAGCUCACAUGAUCGAACCACUUCCAGCCAACCAACCAGCCUGCCGCCAUCACAGUUCACCAGCACCACCACUAAGCCAUCAGACAGUUCUGCUACAGCCCAGUCCAGAACUCAGCCAGAGAUUGAAUCUACCCCACCAAGCACUCCGCUUUAUAUAUGUGCCCAAGUUCCCACUUCAACCAGCCUGACCUCUCCAACCAGGAAGAGUCCUGAAAGACAGCAGCAGGUCACAAGACAGGCCCUCGGUCACAGCAGCUCGUCUGGUGCUGCUGCAGCCACGACCCCAAGAUGCGUCAGCAAAGAUGAAAGAGUUCUACAGCAAUCUGGUUCUGAGAUGAAAGCUGAGGAUUGUGCGUCAGCUAAAAUCCUUCCCAAACCAUCAGAGCAACCCCCUCCAACAGCUCAGAAACCCAUUAGGCAGCCAGUCUCGCUUCCUCAGAACCAGCCUCAGACUCUGCUGCACAACCAAGUUCACACACAGCCUCGUCUUCCACCUCAGCCUCACUCAGCUUCCCAGACCCACACCCAUCCCCAGGCCCACCCGUCUAAAGCCAGUGCCAGAAUAGCACCCACCUCAGCGGAGCCUGUUGAGAAGCCGUGGGAAGCCAUUAAACCCGUACAGCCGUGUAAAGAACCUGCCAAACACAAUGACUCUUAUGGACCCACUCCUCCUGUUCCCCCAGUUCGCACCUUGGAGAGCAAACUGGCCACUGCAGCACUUAGUCAGAGUGAAGCUUCCUAUGAGAUGUUCAGGGAAGGCCCUUCGGCUAGCCACCUGACAGAGGGUCUUUCCCAUCAUCCUCUGUCUCCACGUAAACCCUCCUCUCACCAGCCAGCCUACAUUUACCAUGUUAAGGGAGAGCCCAUCCUUAUUGAAGCCCCAGGAGCGGCGUACUACCACCAGAGGCCUGUUCCUCAUCAUUACCGCCCGGACAGUGUCACCCCACACUCCUACGUGUCCAAGUCCGAGCCUCAGAUAACCUACAGUGCCCGAGCAGACAAUAGGUACAGCACUUUAGGUCCCAGGUCCUACCAUCACUCCAUAAAGCUGAGAGGAACCCCCCGGGGUGUGCAUGUCUCCCCAGGGCCGGAUCACCAGGGCUACAGCCAUGACAGGACCCAUGGCUAUCCCACCAUCCGCAGAGUCCACUCCUUCCACGUCCCGCCCACCAUUCGCUCUGUCCCCAUCCAGAGGACGGAAGUUCCGCCGGAAGACGACAUGUUCUUCCAUCACCGGCCCGUUUAUCAGUGCAAGGCUUACCAGCAGCCUCCGCAGUCGUCAUCCCAGACCGACUACCACGUCACCCAGCUGCAGCCGUACUUUGAGAACGGCCGGGUGCAGUACCGUUACAGCCCAUACUCUGGCUCUGUCCCGUUGGAGUCACCUUUCUAUGACAUAGACCCUUACGGCACAAUCCGAGUUAGGCACUUUCAUUCCUACGGAGGUCGGGACGCCGGCGCUGUCGGAGGCCGGCCUGGUGGGAAGGCGGCUGGUUACCACUACGUCUCCCGCCAUGGACUGCCCCCUGGCAAAGAGCAUGGCUUUGUCAGCAGAGACAUGCCUCCUGGUCACGGGAGCAAGGAAGCUGCCGUGUUCCUGCCAUGGGACCCGGAGGAGGCAGAGAAGCUUCGCAUGCACUCGAUCCGCAGGGAGAGCAGGGCCAGGAUGAAGCUGAGAGGCCCUGUCCUCUCGCAGUACGACAACGUUGGUCUCUUUACACCAGCAGAUAUAUCUGGGUAUGAAACCUUGCACCUGCGUAGUAAGUCUGACCCUGGUAAAGCUGUGCUGCUUCCAGUGGAGAGCAAAGAUGGACGCUACCUUCCCAGACACAUGGUGUCUGACCCUGAUGGGCUCGUCUACAUGGAGACAGACAAGCAUGUCCACGGCAGCGGAGUGGGAGACAAGUCAGACCUUUCUAAGCAAGCCGUUUCCAAGAAAUGCCAGUCAUCUCACUCUCUUCCCGUGUCUCACCAGUCAGACAGCAAUCGGCAUGAGCUCAAAUACGAGAGCGGAGAAGACAAGCUGGGUGGCGACAGUGGCAGGUCCAAACACCGGCAGGAGCAUCCCACCAACAGGCCCUUCCAGCCACGGUACGAGUAUCCUGAUUCUGACCACCACCACCAUGACAAGCUGAAGUCAUCCGGUGGUUACCACGGUACUGACGAGCCUCCGACCCGGGACCAACUGGCACGUUGCAAACCGGAGAGUUCCCACAGCGUCCGAGAAGAGCAGCACCUCAACCAGAGCAAAGCAGACCUGGACAGGGACUACAGCUACCAGAAACACAGCAACAAACCCACCCAGUCCCACUACGACAACCUGGAUGAUUACCACCCGGUACCUCAGCCUCAGGCCCCGGUCCAAAAACACGCAGGGUCCGGCUCCAGCUCAUACCCUGCCAACCCCAGCAGCAGGGCUUACUCCACGGCUCUGGGCCAGGGAGCCUUCAUCCAGACUGAGCUGGGCCUGCAGAGGCCUGAGACAGAACUCCGUACCGAAUAAAGCGUUUGGGUGGGAAGGGGAAAAAACUGUUGAAGUAUGGGUGAGCAGACUCUGCAGGACAGUGGACUGCUAGAACCCUCAUAUUUUUGCUUUUUCUGUAUUUUUUAUGAAUUGUAAAGAAUAUUGCAAGGCUUUUUACUGAGUCCUGAAUGUACCUGAAAUUAUUGUCCAUGAGGUCACAGUACUGUGACUGACUGAGACUGUAGCCAAUUAUAAAUGUAUAUAAGAAAGACGUAAGGUACUUUUAGCAGGAACCCCAAAAAUGUCAAAUAUAUACUAUAUAUAGAUAUAUAGAUAUAUAGAUAUAUAAAUAUAUGUUCUACAAAUGAAAUCACUAAUAAAAGGGAUUUUUAGUUGACUUUUUUAGGUGUGGAGCUGGGCAUGAGAAUCAACUGGAAGUAAGAUUUGCAUUUUAGUAAUUCAUGAUCAGUUGUGUGUAGAUCUCUUGUUGUGUUCUGUCUGGAUGUUACAGCACAACGUAAAAGGACCCUCCCCUCCCGGUACCAACACAAGAACACGGUUCUGUGUGUCCAUGUUGGCUUUGAUGAGUGGAAGAUGUGACAUGGAGCUACUUGGGUUGUCGCAGUGGUUAUCAAUGUCUUACUCUUUCUGUUACUGUGCCAUUUUUUAAGGUAACGUUACUCUAAACAGUUUUCAGUGGCUUUUUUUGGAAUCUUUCAGUACUUGUGUGUUUUCUGUUGGAAGAGGGACCAAAGACUUGGCACAGUUGUUGCACAUAUGAGGUAAAGAUGGGAAAGUGGAUGAAAAUUGUAGCUUCUGAAGUUUAAAAUGGUGUUUGUUUGUUUUCAUUCAUUGUACUUUCAGGUACUAGACUAAUUGAUUAAAGCUGAAACAAUGUCUUCUCAUACAACAUGAUGAAAAUGUUGCUGCUGCUUUGUGGGAAAACCAAUUUGUUAAUGAGCCUUAAAAUUUUGUUCCUGGAGAAUCGUACAUUGUUUACUGAUACUGUUAACGACAGAAAUGAUGUUCACCACUUUAAAGCAGGUUUAGUUUUAAGAUAUUUUAGUUGGUUUGAGAUUUUAAAUACUGAGGGAAUGUUUUUCUUUUUACUUUUCUUUUCUUCAAAUAGUGUGUUGGUCCAUGGUUUUCAGGCUAGAGAUAGAUGUAUAGUACAUCCAUCCAUUAGUCUAAUACAAGGCCCUCUGGGCCAGCAUAAUGGAUGGCAUACAGUAUAAACCCAAUACGUUUAAAUCCAGGUGUACUCUGUAACAGUUCAACUUCUAUAUUGCUUGCAGGUUUUGCCCCUCUUGCCUUAUCUAAAGCCUCUACCUUCUCAGAUGGGCUGUUACAGUAAGGCACUGUGUACUUGAAUGUGAAAAAACUCAUUUCAAACUGGAGGAGCCUAAAGUCAGACAUAAAAUAAAUAAAGGUGUUCAGGAAUUGCUCA